AUGGCAGAGAUGCAGGAGCUGCUGCUGCAGCUGCAGAAGGACAACCGGGACGGACGCCUGCGGAAGCAGGAGCUGGAGGAGCUGGUGCGUGGGCUUGAGGCGGAGAGCGAGAGCCUCACCAGGCGCCUGCAAGAUCUGCGCGAGCGCGAGCGCAGCCUGCAGCGGAGGCAAAGCCAGGCGACCGGAUCUCUGAGAGUGGAGGCGCGCGAGGCGGCGCGGGACCGUGCGGAGCGGGCACGGCUACUGCAGGAAACCGCGGAACGCCACCUGCAGGACCUGGAGCAACACAACCGGCACCUGCAGGAGCAGUGGGAGGAGCUAUCCAGUCAGCUCUUCUACUACGGAGGGGAGCAGCAGAGUCAGCAGCGCGAGGAGCAGCAACUCGGGACCCAACUAGUGGAGUUACAGAAACAACUGGAACUUGUGGAGGCCAAGCACACCAUGCAGGCGGAAAGCCUUCGGCAGGGUGCGCAGCGGACGGAAGAGGCCUGGGCCAGCUUCCAGGAACAGAGCGGAGUCCUGCAGGAGCUACAAGGGAAGGUGAUGGAGGCAGCAGCUGCGCUGGAUGCCUCGAGGGGCAGCCCGGAACCAUGCGACUCACAGCCUCGCAGUGUGCCGGACUGUGCGGGAUCGCUUAUGGAGGAGGUGGCCAAGGCAGACUGUGAGAAGCGGUUGUUCCGCGGCUCGGGUACAGCGGGCAUCAGGCUCUGGGCGCUGGGAGCGCUGCAGACGCUCCUGCUGCUCACGCUGGGCAUUCUAGCGCUGCCGCUGCUCUACCUGGUGUUGGUGAACUCAGACGUCUUCCACCGGGGACUCCCGCCUCUCAGUUUGGAGGCCUCCAUCCGCCGCCUGCGCUAUACUUUGUCCCCGCUACUGGAGCUGCGAACGCACGGGCUGCUGCCCACCUAG